AUGGCUUCCCUCACAGAUCUACCAGUCGAGAUUCUCGACCAGAUUUGCACCUCACUCUGCUGUCAUUGUCGACAGCACAAAAUGCAGCUCGACAAGCCGAGCGCCGCCGUCAGCUCGACAGAAGACGACGGAGAACGGCUUGGACUACGCAAUCUAUGCCUCACAUCACGGUCACUACGCCAAAUUGCUCAGCCAAUUCUUUUUCACGUUUUCUUACACCACUGCACCAUGAGCACCAUGAACUGGACAAGCGAAGAAACAAACUUGAUACCUCGGUUGUUCCAGUUACUGAGAACGAUCAACGAAGACGCCCAUCUUUCUUCUUGCCUCAAGUCCAUCGAUAUCAAUGCAUUUGAAGAGAAAUGUAUCAUCUGUUCACCUUCGUUAGAAUGUGCAACUCAGGAAGAAAUCAGUCAAGUUACACGAUUGUCGAAAAAGACAGGUCUAGAUAUCAAUCCCGCCGGCUUGGACCACGAUCUUCUCCCUGAGAUUCUAAUCCAAUUCUUAUUGAUUAUGACGCCGAAUCUCCAGAACGUCAGCUUGUGCGUACCACGUUGGUGGGUCUUUUACCCGUUGAGAAAAUGGAUCAAUAAAUGGAGGCCCAAACUAAAUGAGUCAAAAAUACUGCUGGGCCAGGUACGACACAUGGAGCUGGAGACUGAGAGAUAUAGCGACGACACGUGUCUUGAGGACGACCAUAAAGAUGAGGGUCUUUGUCACCCGAUUCCUGAUCCCAUUGAACGACUACUCAUAGACAGUGCACCGAAUCUCGAGCGGUUUGGGGAGAGCAUUGCAAGUGAUGAUUUGCGAACGGAUCCAAGCCGGCCAUACUCAAUGACCUCUCUGGCCGGUUUCAAGGCUCUCGAAUCCAUCAACCUUGAUGGCUAUAUGAUCUGGCCGCAUCGGAGGGACGGAGGCACGAUACAAGAAAUGGAGGCGGACUUGCAGCUUCUACCGAACUUUUUGCCUCAAUGCUUACGGCAGCUUCAUAUUGAUGGCUGGGGUAACUAUGGAGAGGAGAACCUAAGGUCUUUAGCUAAGGCUAUGGCAAAUGUGAAAUUUCCCUACCUGGAAACGGUGAUCUGGGGCAUCGUUCAUGAUCGCCGGCUCCUUCGGCGUGGGUCUUGCAACAAAGCGUGGGAGAUGGGCAUGGAUUGGAGGGAAAUAAUUACAGAGAGAGUUGAAGACCGCAUACGCAAUUGUCAUCAGGAAGCAUUUCCAAACUGGGGAGACGAUUUGUUGGGGUCUGCUGCGAAUGAGGCUGGCUGA